AACAGUUCAGUAGGCCAGCGAGGCAGACCGGAGUGCUCUCGCAGCUGAGACACACGUGUGAUAUUCACGAAGUUGUCGUUACGGGAAUAUUUAUUGUGAAUAUAUUUCAAAAGUGGAUGUACUUUUCUAUUAAGAUACUGACCAAUAGAGAGCCUCUUUUCCGGUUUUAGUCAAAACCACGUGACGACUGGAGUCCCACCCUGUGCUUUGGUAAAGCGACAAGAUGGCGGAUAGCAGGGGAUUGACAGCCGAACAGCGAAACGAGUUGUGUGAACUGUUCAGUGGGGUAGAUGAAGAUGGCAACGGCAGUAUUUCUCUUGAUGAGAUCAAAGAUGCUCUUGCAGCAGUCAACAUCAAACUGGCCGGCUAUGAAAUCCGGGAGAUUGUCGAGCGAUACGACACUGACGGCAACAUGAAGCUUGAUAUGAAAGAGUUUGAAAAGCUAUAUGUUGAAGAACUAAAAAAGCGGAACUUCGGCCUGAAGUUCAAGACAUCUGUAGCCCCCAAGCGUGGUGUUCGUAGCCAUGAAGGAGUGUCACAGGCGUCUACAGUUGGAACUACACACACUGUCAAGGACUCUGAACUUGUUGCCUUCUCUGAUUGGAUCAACACGUCACUCCGAGACGAUCCAGACUGCAAAGCAUACUUGCCCCUGUCUGGUGACACCUCUGUGGACAGUGUCGAGGAUGGAAUUCUUCUGUGCAAGUUGCUGAACCAGACAGAACAGGAUUUGAUAGAUGAACGGACAAUCAACAAGACGAACCUCACUGUGUUCAGGAAACAUGAGAACCUUACUCUAGCCUUAAACUCUGCCCAGUCCAUCGGCUGCAGCAUUGUCAACAUUGGAGGAGAGGACAUCGAGAAGGGGACCAUUCACCUGGUCCUUGGCCUUAUCUGGCAGAUUAUCAGGAUUGGUCUGUUGUCGGAUAUUGAUCUGACGCAUCAUCCUGGGCUGGUUGCUUUGUUAAAUGAAGGCGAGGAUAUUGGGGACCUCAAGAGUUUGUCCCCCGAGGCCCUGCUUCUCCGCUGGGUCAACUACCACUUGAGGCAAUCAGGAAGCAGCAGACAAAUCAAUAACUUCAAUGAAGACAUCAAGGACUCUGAAGCUUACAGCUACCUUCUAACACAGAUUGCCCCAGAGAAUUCAGGUGUCACGUUAGCACCCAUGCAGGCAGAUGAUCUAACUGAGCGGGCUGAAGGUGUUUUGAGGGAAUCGGACAAAAUUGGCUGUCGUAGUUUUGUUACAGCAAGGGACAUUGUCACUGGAAAUCCCAAGCUAAAUUUAGCCUAUGUUGCCAACUUGUUCAACCAAUAUCCUUCACUGGAUUCGACAGGGAGAGAUAUUGAUUUGGGAGAUGUACACGAAGAAACUAGAGAGGAAAAGACAUAUCGUAACUGGAUGAACAGCCUUGGCGUCACACCCUUUGUCAACUACCUGUACAAUGACCUGGGAAAUGGUCUCGUUAUUUUCAAACUGUAUGAAAAAAUCAGACCAAACUUGGUAAACUGGAAUAAAGUAAUAAACCAAUUCAACAAAAUGAAGAUCAACUUCGAGAAACUAGAAAACUGUAAUUAUGCAGUAAGCCUUGCUAAGGAGAUCCAUCUGUCCGUUGUCAACAUAGGAGGAGAGGAUAUUCGUGAAGGAAAUCCGACAAUCACAUUGGCACUGGUGUGGCAGUUGAUGCGAGCGUACACCCUGAAGAUGCUCACUGGACUGGCUGACGACGACAAGCCGAUGCCCGAUCAAGACAUUGUGACAUGGGCAAACCAGAGGUUGGAAGGCACUCACAAGAUCAAGAGCUUCAGUGACCCAGCCAUCCAGGACGGGGUCGUGAUACUGACUAUAAUUGACAAGAUCAGGCCGGGAGUCGUCAACUGGGACCUGGUGAGCCAGGCGGAGACUGAGGAAAUGAGAUGCCUGAACAACGCUAAAUAUGCUAUCUCACUAGCAAGGAAGAUCGGUGCACGGGUGUACGCCCUGCCAGAGGAUAUUGUAGAGGGGAAGAAAAACAUGGUGAUGACAGUGUUUGCUUGCCUUAUGACCAUCGACAACCCCUACAAGCGAGAGAGGGAGCAGGCCAAGUUGAAUGAUGCUGCCAAGCCAAUGAUGCAGGGCUUACAGUGAUCUACACCAUGUGUCAAGGGGGGAGGGGCACUGCAUGGGAGAGAUCUCCACACCAGAAUAGAUGGUGUCAGAUGUUUCAUUUACACCAAGAUAUCUUGCACAAAAUCUAUGAUUUUCACCUUUGCAAAUUUUCAAAGACCCGUGAGUUUGAUGUUGAUAGGGAACACUUUUCGGGUUAAGCUUUUGGAUUUUAUGAAAACAUGUUUCCAAUGGUGGAUUGCGUAAGGCUGGUUGGGUCCUCUCUGUCAUGCAGUGCAGGGGUCAUUGUUGCCAGGAUGAACUUGCUAGUAGACCAAUAUAUAACUAUAAUUCCAAGUAUUGUGUACAGGUAUCAUAGCCCAUCUUUGUUUCUCUGUGUAUUGCAUAUCACUAUUGCAUAAUUCGCAUCCUUUUGUUGGCAAAAACAAGAGCAAAAUAAUUUAUUGAUGUGCUUUUUCAAUAGAAUGAAACAAAUGUCUUGUGUAGAUUCAUGCGUCAACACCUAAACUUGACCUGCUUUUGGCUUUUGAGAAAUCGACCUCAAAGCUGUGUCCACUUGAGGCUAAACCCAUGCAAGUGCCUGUGAUAUAGCAACAUCAAGACUUGCGACAGAAGUUGUUAUAGAAUUUUGUCUCAAGGCUGUUUCAACAUAUUUGCCUAAAAUUACCUGCAUACAAGUAUGAACCCAUAGUGAUUCAUAUUUUAAUACAUGUUAGAGGCUGAGCUUUUACUUUUAACUGUUUUGUUUCUUGGAUUUUUAUCCCAAAAUCAAAUAACAAUAGUUGGUGGAGCUUCUUUUCCUG